AGUAACAAAAGUUGAAGUGGGAAAAAAUAGUAUUUAUUUAUUUAGCUUGAUUGUAAUGGCAACUUACCCCUCUCGGAAGUUUAUGGAGUGCCUGCAGUAUGCGGCUUUUAAACACCGCGAACAGCGACGCAAGGAUCCUAAGGAAACUCCCUAUGUGAAUCAUGUGAUAAAUGUGAGCACUAUUCUAUCCGUGGAGGCUUGCAUCACAGAUGAGGCGGUCCUAAUGGCUGCCCUUCUUCACGAUGUGGUCGAGGAUACGGAUGCAACUUUCGAGGAUGUUGAGAAUCUUUUUGGAGCGGAUGUUUGCGGAUUAGUCCGCGAGGUUACCGAUGAUAAGUCUCUGGAGAAACAAGAGCGUAAACGCCUACAAAUAGCAAAUGCGGCGAAAACAAGCUGCAGAGCAAAGCUAAUAAAACUGGCCGACAAACUGGAUAAUCUGAGGGAUCUGCAGGUCAACACCCCAACCGGAUGGACAGAGGAACGUCGCGGGCAGUACUUCAUUUGGGCCAAACAGGUGGUCGACAAUCUGCGAGGCACCAAUGCUAAUCUGGAACUUAAACUGGAUGAAAUAUUCCGCCAACGAGGACUCUUGUAAACUCAUAACCCAAUCCAAUUACAAAUGAACGUUCUCAGUU